AUGUCCGGUCUCGACGUUGAAGCUCUCCUCGAAUCCACCGCUGCUCCCACCCAGGAUACGCCCCACUCUCAAGACCAGGAUGACAACUCCAAGGCCGACAGCAGUGACCGACGUGACCGUGAUCGAUCGCGCGAGAAAGAUCGCAAACGCCGGGAUCGCAGCCGGGAUCGCCGCCGCGAACGAGAUGCCGAUGGGGAUGAAGACAUGAAGAGUCCGAGGAGCGAACGUGGCAGUGCUAACGGAAGCCAUAGAAGCAGAAAGAGGAGCAGGAGCCGCGACAGCGACCGCCGUCGGGCUCGUCGUGACCGCUACGGCGAUGACCACCGUUCUGGCGGCGACUUCUAUCGCGGAGGUGGCCGGGCCCGUACUCGCUCUCGAUCCCCCUAUGAUGACCGUUACUACCGACCUUCCGGUCGUUCGCGCCGUGAUGAACGGGACGAUGACCGUCGCUCUCGCCGUGAACGUGACACUCGCAGACGUAGCCCUACCAAGAGCCGAGAGAGAACCCCGGAAUUAAAUGAAGAUGAACGCGAUAGACGCACUAUCUUCGUGCAGCAACUCGCCGCGCGAUUGAGAACGAAAGAAUUGAUUGCUUUCUUCGAGAAAGUUGGACCGGUUAAGGAAGCCCAGAUUGUCAAGGACCGUGUCAGCGGCAGAUCUAAGGGUGUCGGCUACGUUGAAUUUAAACAAGAGGAAUCCGUCGCACCUGCUAUUCAGCUUACCGGACAAAAGCUUCUAGGAAUCCCUAUCAUCGCACAAUUGACUGAGGCUGAGAAGAACCGCCAGGCCCGCAACCCCGAGGCCAGCACCAGCCAAAAUCACGCGGCCCCCUUUCACAGGUUGUAUGUGGGUAACAUUCAUUUCAGUAUCACUGAAAGCGACCUCCAGAAUGUUUUUGAGCCUUUUGGCGAACUCGAAUUUGUUCAGUUGCAGAAGGAUGAGACUGGGAGAAGUCGGGGAUAUGGUUUCGUGCAAUUCCGUGAUCCUAACCAAGCUCGAGAAGCAUUGGAAAAGAUGAAUGGUUUUGACCUUGCCGGUCGAGCUAUCCGCGUUGGCCUUGGCAACGAUAAGUUCACCCCCGAGUCAACCGCGCAACGCUUGCAGAGCCAAGGUGCAAACCCUCAGUCUUUCCAGGGAUCUUCAUUUUCCGGCCACGGUGGCCGAGGUGUACAAGCCGGUGGCACCAACAACUUCGACCGUGCGGGUGGCCGCGAUUCUGAAAAGGGAGCUGGCGCUAGUGCGCUUGAUGACACAGAUGUUGCCGGUGUGAACUUCAACAACUACAGUAGGGACGCAUUGAUGAGGAAACUUGCAAGAACAGAUGAACCUUCGGAGCCAUCCGCAGACGACAAACAGAAAAUCCUCCGGCCCAAGACGGAAACCAAACCUCUGCCCGUUAAUGUUAACAUGGCGAGUCGCUGCGUGCUGCUCCGCAACAUGUUCGAUCCCACUGAGGAGGAGGGCGAAGUCUGGAUUAAAGAAUUGGAGGAUGACGUCCGCGCUGAGUGCGAAGAAAAAUAUGGCCAUGUUGUUCACAUUGCACUAGAUCCCAACUCGCAGGGCGAUAUCUAUCUCAAGUUUGACCGAGUCCAGGGCGGAGAAAACGCCAUCAAGGGCCUGAACGGACGAUUCUUUGGCGGUAAACAGAUCACUGCCCAACCCGUCGUCGAUGCUGUUUACAGCAGCUUGUUCUCUCGCACCAAGGCAAUCUAG